CUUCCCAACAUCUCCACAAAAUCUAAGGCCACUCAAUUAAUCACAAUGGCGUUGGUGGCCAUGUGCAACAAUCACAUUCUGGUUACGGAUUUCGAAGGUUGGGAUGAUAAUGAUUACACCUUCAUGAGGUUGGUUGCACAGGAAAUUGACAUGGGCAGAUUUGAUGUCGAAACCCUGAAAUGGAAGGCCACGGGUACACUUGAGGAUGGGAGUCAUCAUGGGACGAACUACACACAGUGGUUUGCCAUACCGGCACUGGCAGCUUACAUGAAGGAAAUGAAGGAUGCAACAUUGCUCAUGUCGAAGAAUGACAAGAAUGUUGAUGACCUGCUGGUGCAUUUGGAUGAUGACCGUGCAUAUUUGAUCAGCUUUUUAGGCCUCGACAACAAAGCGAAUCCACUGUCUGAAUACUUUCUUUAG